AUGGGCAAUGAGCAAAGCCACAAAGUGAAGAAAACGCAUGGACAAUCGGCCUCCCCGUCGGAAUCCCCAAGGAUCGACUCGCGCUCCACGGAAGCCGCCAAGAAACUCGCCGACUCGAGCGGCAAAAUAACAGCGGCAUCACUGCAGAACCUCUUCUCGGCAGAACUCGCCUACUCGCUAUGGAAAUAUCUCUCGGAAGGACAAGGCGAUGGCGUGACCCCAGAAGCUGCUGCCUCAAAAAUUACACCACUUAUGGGGACAUCAACUGAUAUCUACGUCAAGAUUUGUCAGCCAGUGCACCAUUUCAUCAAAGUGUGCCUGGAGGCGGCCGGUGGGGUGGCGUACGAUGUGGAUGUCGGCUUCAUUCAGAGUCUGGUCAAGAAGAUGACGGCCCACGGCGACAACUGGGAGUCGAUCGUCGAGUGGAAGAACAGCGAAUGCGCACGGUUUUGUCAUCAAUUGCAAUCUGUGGUGCUGAACAAGCUCAACGGAUAUCCAGUGACAAAUGUGCAACUCAACUCGGACGUCCUCUCGCAGCUUCAAUUCCUCUACCUUCAAAGUGCCCUCCCACCCUCCUAUUUUGUCAAAGAUCCCAAAACGGGCGAAUUGGCCGAGUGGGUUCCGAUCUAUACAAGUGCCAUGCAGGGCAUCAGCGUCAAUCGAUUCGAGAAUAACGUCUUUGAAUAUAAAGGCCAUACCGUGACGGUCAUCAAGCUGAAGGACAAGCGAACGGUGGCGUUGGCGUCUGAUACAACGUUCAGAAACGGCUCGACACGCUACGGUGGCAACGACACGAUGUAUUUUGAGCUCGAGCCAUCGCUGCUCAGAUUAGAUGGCACCAAUUCGAUCUAUUCGAAUUUCAAGAUUCGCUCGGCGUCGAUGGGGCUGUCGUUCAAGGAAGUCAUGAAGAUUGACAAGGACUUGGACGAGGUGGUGGCGAUCGAGGUGUGGGGCUGUGGCGGCGCUAGCACGCUGAACGAGCAGCGCGGACUGCGCGAUUGGCAGAAUCGACAGGCCGAGAGGAAUAAAAAGGUACCGUUACCGGGCAAUUGGGACGACAACCCGGACAAGACGCUGCUCGAGAUGGCCGGCAUCAAUUUCAGCAACGAGCGCGCCAAUAUGGAGAUGGAGGCGAGACGACGGGCCGAGAUGGGCGACGGU